AUGGCCGCCCAACCGGUCAAACUGUAUGUCUACGACUUGUCCCGCGGCAUGGCCCGCACCAUGUCCCAAGCUAUCACGGGGACGCAGAUCGACGGUAUCUGGCACACGUCCGUUGUGGCCUACGGUCGCGAGGUGUUCUACGGACAGGGCAUCAUGGAGGCAGCUCCGGGAACAACACACCACGGCACGCCGGUGCAGAUCAUCGACGUCGGCGAGACGUACAUCGACCAGGACACGUUCGAGGAAUAUCUCGCGUCCGUUGCCGAAGUGUAUACCCCGCAAGCGUACCAUCUAAUGGACCACAACUGCAACACAUUCACAUCUGACGUCGUCGGAUUCCUGACAGGCGCCACUAUCCCCGACUGGAUCUCUGGCCUUCCGGCGCAGUUUCUCCAGACGCCUCUCGGCCAGGCGCUCCGUCCCCAGUGA